AGGAAGAAGAAAAAGGCGAAGGACAAGGCCCAGAUCCUGGAGCAGAUCGUGAGCAGCAAGAAGCAGGAGGAGGAGAAGAAGCGCGGCCUGGACAAGCGGACCCCGGCACAGGUGGCCUACGAGAAGAUGCAGGAGAAGCGGCAAAUGGAGAGGAUCCUGAAGAAAGCAUCGAAAACCCAUAAGCAGAGAGUGGAGGACUUCAACAGGCACUUGGAUACUCUGACUGAGCAUUACGACAUUCCUAAAGUCAGCUGGACUAAGUGA